ACUGCAUAAGCUGUCGCUGGACUGCGCUUGGCCGGCCAGGAUCGAUUGCCCCAAUAUGCAGAGCCUUGCCGUUAAAGGGCCAUUCGAUAUAGAGGCUAUCGUAGGUAAGCAGUAUGCGCUGCACGGUGUUCGGGAACCUUACUGGAAGCUGAAGCACAUAAAAGAGCUGUUGAAACACCUUAAAAAAUUGUACUACAACUUUAACGGCGCGUCAGAUUGGAUAUUGCAGACCAUUUGCGAAUCUUGCGUCCAGCUGGAGCUCCUAUAUUUCCUAGAGCUAGAAGUGGAAGACCGGAAUUCGUUACGCUUCCUUUCGAACCUGACCAACCUUCGAGAAUUGAACAUUUUAUCCGCCAGAAACGUCAUAUCUUUCGCUGGCGUUCGCUUGCCCAAUCUGAAAACGCUUCUAUUAGACUUCGUGGAAAUUUACUGGCCCCCAGUCGAAGGAUUUGAUUCAAUCGAAUGGCUGAAGAUCCAAGCCUUUCCUUGGCAGGAGAAGCAAAUAUGUGAUCUUUUCGCUCCGCUCCGUCUCCGCUUUUUAUGGAUCAAGCUACCAGUAGAUUUAGAGCUCUCGUGGUAUAGAAACAUAUUUGCAGCGCUCACCAAACUGCCUGCGCUGAAAACGCUCGUACUGCACAAUAUGCCAUCUUUGAAUCACCUCAAUGUAAUGAAUCCCUUACUGCAGUUAACUAAACUAACAGUUCAACUUUCUUACGGCAGCGACGGAAUGACUGUUCCGGUCGAGGUUCCAAAACUGGUGCCCAACGUUGAAAGAAUCAAAAUUUAUGCAGACAUGGAGUUAGAAAAGGUGCGUUGGAAUAAAAACGUUGCUUCAGUACCUAAAAUAUAACCAAUCAAGCUAUUCCGGCAAAGGUUGGAAAUGCAAAGGUUAAAGUCUAAAGUGAUUUAUUUUGUGAGAUAGAGGCAAACUAUCAGCAAUUUCGUUUGGAAUUCCCCGUAUCGACUGGUGGGCCGAAAUCGGUCUACCGAAAAAAGAAACGUUGUAAUGCGUUAUACUUCAUCCGAUUUUUUUUCAUUACGGUGAUUUUUCGGUGUGUUUUGAAGUGGCCAUAACCGCCAUAAUAAUCUGGCCAUACUGGCCAGAACCAUCGGUUGACAGUUCGUGUGGAUGAAGUACAGCAAAAAUAGGCCACAAUUUUUUUUAUAUGGACUUUUACGCAAACUACUCCAGAUGUCGCCACUGUGGCGCUGGCAGACCGUCUACAGUAGGCGGAGUUUCUCGCCCGCGAAAUUCCAGUUCGUGUAUUUUUGGCCGAACAUGGUUUUAUGACCAAACACACUGUCAG